AUGGAGGGCAAAGAAUUGAGCAAGGAUCAGCUUAAGAUCUUGAAGGAUGCGUUCACGGCGUUCGAUAUCGAGAAGAAGGGAAGCAUCUCGGUGGAGGUGAUUGGAACGAUCCUGGAACUGCUAGACUACAGCAUGUCCGAGGAAGAGCUGAAGGAAGUGAUGGAGGAGUACGAUGUGGAUGAGUCGGGUGAGAUUGAUUUUGAGGAGUUCAUCGAUCUGGCCUCGAACUACGUGGAACCGGAGGAGGACUACGACGUACUGCGGGCGGAACUCCGUGAAGUUUUCAUGAUGUACGACAAAGAUGGUAAGGGCUUCAUCCCGGUCGAAACUUUCAAGCAAAUCCUGCGUGAACUCGAUGGAGCUGUCCCGGAGAACGAGCUAGACGAUAUCAUUGAUGAGAUUGAUGCGGACAGUUCGAAAACGGUUGACUUUGAGGAGUUCAUGGAAGUUAUGACAGGUGAAGAAGCCUCAUAA